AUGGACAGGGUCACCAGGCACCUGGUCUUCCAGCUCCUGCACAAGCAUGACUAUAACGAUGUUCACCAAGCCGGCUCGUUUGCAGAGCAGGGGGCCAACAGUGACGACGAUGUGUUUGGCUCUACUCAACAUAGCUGCCAGAGGGUGGAAAACGGCUAUGGCUGGAAAACGAGGUCGGAGUCAUCCUCAUAUUUCCUGGAUGGUGGAAAAGAUGUCUGGACCCCAUCCCCGGAUAGGGAGUCCAAGCUGGAGGUGGUGAGGUCAGGAAGCCUGUACGACCUCAGGGCUUACAGAGGAGAGAGGAAACCCUCGAAGCUUUACGAUGAGGAUGAGGAGGAACAGUACAGGGUCCCUCCACCGAGCAUCUCAUCUGAGAAAGCCAGGGAGCUGGAGGAUGAGAGGAGGGAUGUCAUCCAGAAGCAGGUGGUGAGGAAGAGCUCCACCAUGGCUGAGAGGUCGAGUUCCAUGGAUGAGCUGAGCUCCAUAAAUGCCGUCAUGGGCAGCCAGGGUGAAGACAGGCACACGGGCAGCUUCAGCACCAGCUUCGCCAUUUGCUUCGACAAGCCUUCCUCGGGGAGGGCAGCAACGCCUGUUGACCCUGAAAAUAUCAACACGGAGCAGAUCAACUUCUCCGCUGCUCGGCAGCAGUUCCUGAUGCUGGAGAAGACCAGCCCGGGCUCUUUUUUCAGCCCAAGGCAACAGGCCAUGUCUCCAAAGCCAGAGUCGAUGACAAAAGUCUCUAGACAAGAGUGGCAUAGUCCUGAGAUGGCUGCGAGAGGUUGCAGUAGUGCUGGUGCAGCCAGCCAGAGCAGGACGGACAAGACAGUUUCUCAGGUUUAUAGCGUGUCCUACAAGACACCUGUGAAGGAGGAGGUUGAUGCUCCCAGAAGGGCCGAUACUGAAAAGUCAUGUCCCACCGGGAAAGCAUCCAGCUUGACUAAAGCGUCUUCCAGAGAAGACCUCGACUCCAGCUUGGGUGAGAUGUAUAACAAAGCUGAUGCAGGUUACACCAGCGAUGGAAUGGCAUCCGACGAGAUCUUCAAUGACCCUGUGGAUCUGAGGGCCGACAGCAAUGGCCCAGACAAGGAGGUGAAGAUCAGCAACGAGACGCCCAUCGAGCGGGAGAUCCGCAUGGCGAUGGAGAGGGAGGAGAACCUCUGGAAAGAGAGGGGGAUCCAGCGGCUGACCUCCAGCAGUGAGCUGGUGGAGAUCCAGACCAAGCUGCUCCUCUCCAUGCAUGCCUCUCCCGGCCCAGGCAGGAAAGGGAAGGACAAAAGCCGCGCUUCCCUUUACGUCCAGAGGGAAAUCGAGCAGGAAACCAAGCGCGAGGAAGACCUGAAGAAGCAAGGGAGGCUGCUGGGGACGUACGACAGGGGUACGCAGCAGGAGCUGGAUGAGCGCAGGAAGGUGUUCGAGCAGGAGGAAGCCCCCCCGCAGACGCCCACCCCCACGAGGAAGGCAGAGGAGCGGAGGAGCUGGGUUAACGAGUCUGCAGCGGAGCAGCCCACGAGCCACGGCCCCUGCCCCACAGAAGACACCAGGGUUGGGAGAAGCCUUCCCAGCCAUGCAGUGAGUAGCACGCAAUUCCAGGAGUCCCAGCCGUGCUUCACCGCCAGCGAGAAGAGCCAGGAGCAGCCCCCGGUGUCCCAGAGCGUUUCCGCCAGCGCCAGCAAAUGGGGAAGCAAGGAUUCCCAGGAAGGAAGGCUUCCCGGCUCCACCCCGAGCCCCGCUGUCAUGCCCAGAGAGUACUUCUUCUCCUGGAAGCCCAAGGUCUCCUUUGUGGACAACAUGGGGACACAGAGCCCGCCAAGGAGGGACGAGAGCAGGGAGGAGCAGUACAAGAUGAGGACCUGGAGGCCCCAUAUGUCGGCACUGAUUGACAAGGAGAUCCGGAGUGACUUGCAGAGGGAAGAGGAGCUGCAGGAGCAACGGCGGCAGCUGAUAGAUGGCUGCUCCGUGGUCAGCAGCGACAGCUUUCCGCAGGAGGGCUCUCACUCACGGCACAGCUCCG